AUGCGGUUAAUAUCGCUUCUCACCUGCUUCGUCGCCUUUCUGGCGCCGCUAGCCUCCGCCGUUAAACUCCUUGAAUCCAAUGCACUCACCGUGUGUAUGGAAAGUAGCAACUUCACGGCAACAUAUUUCAGCGUCACUUUCUACCCCGGUAACAACACUCUUAUGGUCGGGUUCGAUGGCGUCUCAUACAUCGAGGGCAAGGUUGUUGCGGAGAUGACCCUUACCGCAUAUGGCUACGAGGCAUACAAGAACACCCUUAAUCCUUGUUCGAUUACUGGCAUGGAAGGCACUUCGGACAAGAUUCCUGGUAUUGCCUACACCGUGCCUGAUCUUGACGCAAAUGUGCGGAUUGUCAUCAAGACACUCGACACCAAUGAAAAGAUUGCCUGUGUCGAGGCCUCGCUUUCCAACGGCAAGACCGUUAAUCAAGCCGGAGUCUCGUGGACAACUGCCGUCAUCUCCGGACUAGGUCUCGCUGCAUCCGCCAUUACCUCCGGACUAGGUCAUUCCAACACUGCGGCUCACGUCGCGGCAAAUGCGCUCUCUCUUUUCGGAUUUAUGCAGUCGCAAGCGAUGAUUGGCAUGACCUCCGUUCAUAUGCCUCCGAUCGUGGAAGCUUGGACCCAGAACUUCCAAUGGAGCAUGGGUAUCAUCCGCGUAGGAUUCAUCCAGAAGAUUGCUACCUGGUAUCAGCGGGCAACUGGUGGAACUCCAUCGACAAUUAUGUCGCAGCUUGAGGAUACUUCUGUGGAAGUCCUCAAGCGCCGCAAGCGUGACUUGGUUGACCCAGCGAUGAACCUCUUGAAGAGAGCAACGGGACCAAUUAUCAAGCGGGCAACUGGUAUGGUCAAGAGAGCCGAAGGAGGCCAGAAACUUCUUGUCAUUCGAGGAAUUGAGCGUGUUGGAUUCCGUGCUCACAUCGAGCAGACCAACAUUUUCCUCACUGGCCUGAUUUUCUUUGCGGUCUUCACUUGCAUUGUUAUCAUUAUCGUUACAGCCUUCAAGGGAAUUACUGAGUUACUUGUCAAACAUGGCAAAAUGAAGAGCGAGCGGUUCCAGGAUUUCCGCAAUGGAUGGAAGGUAGUUCUGCGUGGUAUCUUGUUCCGACUGACUCUCAUCGGUCUACCCCAAAUGUCCGUUUCUUGCCUCUGGGAGUUCACCCAGCGUGACUCACCCGCCGAGGUUGUUUUGGCAGCGGUCAUGAUCCUUUCUAUGCUCGUGUCUCUUGGUUGGGCCUCUCAGAAGGUUAUUCGGUUGGCAAAACGUUCAGUCACCAUGCACAAGAACCCGGCAUACAUUCUCUACUCCGAUCCGUCCUGUCUGAACAAGUGGGGCUUCUUGUAUGUGCAAUACCGAGCAACGGCAUACUAUUUCGUCGUUCCAUUCCUCAUCUACACCUUGAUCAAGGGCAUGUUCAUCGGUCUGAGCCAGCCUGCACCGGUCGUUCAGACAGUGGCUUUGGUGAUCCUUGAGCUAGCCAUGCUGGUUGCUGUCUGCAUUCUCCGUCCUUGGAUGGAUAAGAAGACUAACGUCUUCAAUAUCUCCAUUGCUGUGGUCAAUUUCCUCAACUCCAUCUUCCUGCUUGUGUUCUCGGAUGUCUUCGACCCCCCCCGGAAUGAUGAUCGGUGUCAUGGGUGUCAUCUUCUUCGUUUACAAUGCCGUAACCCCGAUACUCGUUACCAGCCCAUGCGCGACGAUCGUGGCUCGUUCAUCAAGUCCCAAACCCAGCUGACAACUGAAUUGGAUGCCUUGGGCGCUACAGCACGUGGUGAUGUCAAGCCUGGGCAAUAUAACAACAACCCAUUCGACGAUGAUACCGCUUCCAUCUCCAGUGGAAACGGUGCUACCGUCGGCCGCCAAAUGGAAUCAACCUAUCCACCCCACGGCUCUGCCGCCCAAGCGCCUCGGUCACCCGUCGACCCAUCUGUGCCACUAUUCCCCAGCAACGUGUCAGGUCAUCACAAUCCUCCCCCCGGAUACGACCAGUUUGGUCGGUCCCCUUCACCCGCCGGAAGGAGCUUUGAUAACAACUCUCCUAUUGGUCAAUCUGCUUUGGCGACACAUUAUCGAGCCCAGAACAACGCCAGUCCUUGGCAACGGGGCGCUGGCUAUGACCAUUAA